AUUCAAUUUCUAUGGUUUACCCUAGUACAUUUAGCAUAUAAAAGUACGGUAGAAACUUUUAAGUCUUCAUACCGCUGUACUAGCAAACAAUUAGAAGAGGUUUAAAUAUAUCUAAAAUAAUAAGUAAGGCUAAUAUGGAUUGCGAAAAUGAAAUUGUGGACGACAUUUAUGAAGGAAACGAUUUAAGAAAUGAUAAUGGAAACCUGGAUGAAUCUCUUGAUUUAGACGACUUAUUACCAUCAAUAGGAGAGUUUGGAAUAUAUCAAAAAAUGUUGGUUUUUGGAAUAUGCCUGCCAGCAUGUAUACCUUGUGGAUUUUGCGCCUUUAAUCAAAUCUUUAUGGCAAAUGUUCCUAAUGACUAUUGGUGUAAAGUGCCAGAGCUAUUGCAUAUACCCAUAGAAAAACGGAAACUUUUAGCAAUUCCAAAGAACAUGGUGAGAAAAAAUGCUAUUAACAAUAAUAAUUCAUGUAAUAGAGUAAAUUUUGUAAUUCUUGUUUUGAAAGAAGUUAACGUGGGUAUAAAACCUUUCGAGAUUAUAAAUGAAAUUUAAUGCGUAGGUGCAUUUUAAAAUUCUAUUGAUAAUUUGUCGGAAUUGGCCAGAUUGGAGUACUAUAUCACAAAUCUCCCGUUCAACCAAUUAUCAGUUAUUUUAUUAUUGAAAAGUGAAGUGAAUAUUUCAGUACUGUUCUCUAAAACACACUUAACAGUUACAGUGAAAAUAACAGUCAGUGAAAAUAAAAGAAAAUUGAACAAUUGUAUCACAUAUCACACAUGCAACCUGUUAUUUCGACUCUACGAUAUAACUCUUUAAAUUAUAGAGCUAAG